AUGAUGCUUUCUGAUAUGUCUGUUGAGUAUCUCGUCCUUCUACUUGGCAACUACCAUUAUAUUCUCCUAGCAUCAGUGCUCGCCUUAGGAGUGACAGUUAUCCUUUCUAAGGGAACUAAACGUGGAAAGAGUGGCAUCCCUGGCAGCCUGGGAAUCCCCUUCCUCGGGGAGACUCUUUCAUUCCUCUCAGCUAACAAUAGCAACAAAGGCUGCUAUGAGUUUGUUAGACUCCGACGAUCGUGGUAUGGGAAAUGGUUCAAAACAAGGAUAUUUGGCAAGAUCCAUGUGUAUGUUCCAAGUGUUGACGGUGCCAAGACAAUCUUUGCCAAUGAUUUUGCACUGUUCAACAAGGGAUAUGUGAAAUCAAUGGCAGAUGCAGUAGGAAAGAAUAGCUUGCUAUGUGUUCCUCAUGAAAGUCACAGAAGAAUCAGGCGUCUUCUGUCUGAACCUUUCUCUAUGAAUUCUUUAUCCAAGUUUGUUCAGAAAAUUGACUGCAUGCUGAGUAAAAGAUUGGAGAAAUUAGAAAGGGAUGGACAAAGUUUUGUGGUGCUUGACUUCAAUAUGAAGAUGACAUUUGAUGCAAUGUGUGACAUGUUCAUGAGCGUCACAGAUGCUUCCUUACUCGAACAAAUUGAAAGAGACUGCACUGCAGUUUCUGAUGCCAUGUUAUCCUUCCCUGUCAUGACCCCUGGCACUCGAUACUACAAAGGCAUCAAAGCACGCUGUCGACUCAUGGAAACGUUCAAAGGAAUGAUUGCCUGUCGAAGGACAGGAAGUCGACAUCCUGAAGACUUCCUACAGUCCAUGCUGCAAAGAGAUCAAUAUCCAGAUAAUGAAAAACUCAGCGAUGAAGAGAUCAUGGAUAACCUAUUGACAUUGAUAAUUGCUGGACAAACCACUACAGCUGCUGCAAUGAUGUGGAGUGUCAAGUUCUUAGAUGAACAUCAAGGAGUUCAGGAUAGGCUCAGGGAAGAACAAUUGUCCAUACUCAGAAACAAGCCAAAUGGAGCCCUCCUGACCCUUGAAGAUCUGAACAACAUGUCAUAUGCCUCAAAGGUUGUCAAAGAGACAUUGAGAAUGUCAAACGUCCUCCUAUGGUUUCCUCGAGUGGCACUAGAUAACUGCACAAUUGAAGGUUUCGAGAUAAAGAAAGGAUGGCAUGUCAAUGUUGAUGCAACCUGUAUACAUCAAGACCCAGAAAUAUACAAGGAUCCUAUGCUCUUCAACCCUUCAAGAUUUGAUGAAAUGCAAAAGCCAUACAGUUACAUACCAUUCGGGUCAGGACCAAGGACAUGCUUGGGAAUCAAUAUGGCAAAACUUACAAUGUUGGUUUUUUUACACCGACUAACUACUGGAUACAUGUGGACUGUUGAUGACCUAGACCCUCAUCUAGAAGGAAAAGCACACAUACCAAGAUUGAGAAGUGGAUGUCCAAUAACCUUAACGGCCCUGAAGAAUGAACACAACUAA